CGGUACCCCCUCCCCACUCACUCUUCUUUCUUUUUUCUUCCAUUUUCAUCACUUUCAUCUUCAUCAUUUUGUGUCAUCUUUCAUCUCCAUCACCAUCUUCCAUCUUUAUCAUUUUCAUCUUCAUCACUUUCUAUCUUUCCACUUCAUCUUUCAUUUUUAAAGAUUUUCCGGAGAUGGAGAGUUGCCGGAACCAAACCGGAGAUGAACAAGCUAGUGUCAGAAUUAUUGUCUUAUCGUAUAUCUUCCUAAAUAUUGAUAAAGUUGUCUCUAUGAAGAAAGAAAACUGGAAAUAUAUAAAUAAAAGUCACUAGAAUACAAACUGAAGAUGAAAGGUCACAGGAAUUAUUGUUCGUAUCGUCUUAAAGAAUUGUAUAUGUAUCGUUCAAAAUACUGAUAUAGUUUGUCUGUAUGAACAAAUAAAACUGAAAACUUAGUAAAUGCCUGUAAAGUUAGGCCACCGAAAAAAUAAUGUCUAUGAAGAAACAUCAACUUUUGUGUCUUUUUUGUAGAGAUGGCAGUGUUUGUGAUACAAAAAUCGAUGUCUAUGUACAGACAUUAAUUGUAUGUGGCACUUGACAAAUGCGUGUACUUGUACAUUUUGUUUGUGGUAAACAUUUUUGUUUGUGGAAGACAAAUAAUGUCUACGUAGACAUCAAGGUUUGAUUUUCCAAUGACUCUCCAUCCGUGGUGAAUCUUAAAAAUUGAAAGAUAAAGUGGGAAAGAUAGAAAAUGAUGAAGAUGCGAAUGAUAAAGAUAGAGAUGGUGAUGAAGAUGAAAGACAACACAAGAUUGUGAAGAUGGAAGAAGAAAGAAAGAAGAAAAUUGAGUGGGGAGGGGGGCACCGUAGGGAGAAGAGAGAAGAGAGAAAAAGAGUAAAUGUGAA